AUGAUACCCUUGAAACAAAUCAUUUAAUAGAAUUAACUAUUGCCUAUGACAAUAAUUUUAAAAUUACUAUAUUAGUUAACUCAAAUUUUAAAUACAAUUAAUUUUGAAGGAUAUACUAUUCAAAAUUUAAAGAUAGAAGAUUUGAUAGCAAGGGAGUCUGGAGAAUUAGAAAAGUUGGAUAUUUUCAUACCAUCCGAUAUUAUUUUAAAGGAAAGCAAUCCAAAUAAUGAAGAACACAUUCUUAAUUAAUUGAAAGAUAUUUGUAAUUUUUUUUAAGUAUUUUAAGUGAUAAAAUUUGGGUUGAGUCCUUUAGAUAUUCAUAAAACUCAGAAUUUUGAAGAAAUUCUAUUAUAUAUUUUAAAGAAAUUAAAUAUAGAUUUAUCAAAAGAUAAUUGGAGAGAAUAGUGUCUAUAAAUUAUUUAUGGGUUAGAGAUUAAUCAUGUUUAAGAAUUUAAUAAAGGAUUAACCUAUAUUUAUCAUGUUAAAGUGCCAUAUUACAUUAAUAGUAAACAUGAUUAAAUUAUUAUUAAAUGGAUUCAUCAGAAAGAAUAAAAACAAAAAAGACUAACUGAGGUUGAUAAUUAUAAGAACCUGAAAAGAUAAACUCAAUUCAAUAAUAAAAACUUGAUAGACUUGUUUUGUUACACUUUGGAUGUAGAUGAUUCAACUCUCUUGUUUUUACAACAAUAUAGUUUGACUUUAAAAGAUUAUACUAAAAAUUCUGAUGGGAAGCUAAAUAUGAAGGAAAAAAUGAAAAUUUGUAGUAAAUUAGCUGAUGAACUAAAAAAGUUGCAUGAUUAAAAUAAAAUUCAUAGGGAUUUAAAACCAGAAAACAUCAUGGUUACUGGAAAAGAUACAUAUACGGAUAGAUUCUACGAAAUUACCGAUCAAAAUAUAAAUCAAAUUGAUAAACUGCAAUGGUAAAUAAUAGAUUUUGAAUCAGUUAUAGAAAAAGGAGGAAUUGAUGAAUUUGUAGGAACAAAGUAAUAUAUACCUCCAGAAAAUAUGUAAGGAAAACCUUAUUAAGAAAGUUAUGAUAUUUGGUAAAUGGGACUUUGUUUCUUGUACUUUAUAACAUAAUAGGAUGUUUAAUAUAAAAAAAGUGCUGAAAAAAGGAAUGCCAAUUUAUGGAAAUUAGUUGAUAAACUUAAAGAUAAGUAAAACAUGGCCUUUUACAGUGAAACUAUGCAUAGCAUAAUUUCUAAAAUGGUUAGUAUAAAACCAUAAGAGAGACCUAAAUUGGAAGCUGUUAUAAAAGAUCUAAAUGCUGCUAUCAUUAAUUGA